CGGGGCCGGCAGCGGCGGCGGCGGCGGGGCCGGCGGAGCGCCAUGGGCGAGUUCGAGGUGCACCGGGUGCGGUUCUUCGGGCUGGUGCCGGCGGGCGUGCGCUGCCUCGCCUGCCACCCCCGCGGAGCCCGCCUGGCCCUGGCCCGCACCGACGGCACCGUCGAGGUGUACAACUUCGCCGCCAACUACUUCCAGGAGAAGGUGAUCCCGGGGCACGAGGCGCGCUCGGUGGAGUCGCUGUGCUGGGCGGCCGGGGAGCGGCUCUUCGGGGCCGGGCUCGGCGGGGACAUCACCGAGUUCGACCUGUGCGGGCUGAGCGCGGCUCGAGGCGUCGAUGGCGGCGGGGGACCCAUCUGGAGCAUGGUGGCCAGCGGCACCGGCACCCAGCUGGCGAUCGGCUGCGAGGACGGAUCCGUUAAGAUCUUCCAAGUCGUUCCUGGUGGGGGGAUCCAGUUUGAGCGGAACCUGGACAGGCGGAAAGGCCGUGUCCUGUGCCUGUCCUGGCACCGCUCGGGCACUUACAUCGUGGCUGGCUCCAUCGACUUCUUCCGCGUCAUCGACGUCGCUUCAGGCCAGACGGUGCAGAGGAUCAUGGUGAACCACCAGGUGGAGAAGGCCAAGCCCGAGUGCGUGGUGUGGGCCAUCGCCCUCCUCUCCAGCGGCACCGUGGUCAGUGCCGACUCCUUUGGGAGGGUGCAGUUCUGGGACUGGGAGCAGGGCACGCUGGCUGAGUCCCACACCGUCAGCACCUCGGCCGCGCUCUCUCUGGCUGUGUCAGAGAAGGAGGACAGCAUCGUCGUGGGCACCUCGACCGGGGCCACCUACCAGCUGCAGCUGCUGCCGGUGAAGCUGGGCGGGCUGGAGAAAUGCUGGGUGCGGACAAAGCCCUUCCAGUUCCACAGCCACGACGUGCGGGCCGUGGCGCACAGCUCCACCGCCCUCAUCUCCGGGGGCCUGGAUGCCCAGCUGGUGAUCCGCCCGCUGAUGGAGAAGGUGCAGAAGAAGGGCUACGACGCAGUGCUCCGAAAAUUCACCUUCCCUCACCGACGCCUCGUCUCCUGUGCCAGGAAAGCCCGGCUGCUCCUCUUCCAGUUCUCCCAGUACCUGGAGCUCUGGAGACUUGGCUCCACUGAGGAGACCGGAAAGGACGGCGAGGUCCUUCCCCCGUGCCGGAUGCCCGAGCAUCUCGUGCAGCUCAAGAGCAAGGGCCCGGAGCACAUCUACUGCAGCUGUGUCUCACCCUGCGGCACCUGGGUCGGCUACUCCACGGCCUCCCGCUUCCAGCUGUACCGCGUGCACUGUGACGGGGACGGUGUCAGCCUCAGGAAGGUCCCCAAAGUGCCCAAGCUGCUGCCUCCAGCAUACCAGCUCCAGUUCUCUGCUGACUCCGAGAGCCUCUUUGUCGCCUCUGCUCGAGGAUCUGUCCACGUCUUCCAGCUGCUGGAGCCGGGGGGCUGCAAACACCUGCACACACUGCAGCCACCCUCAGGCUGCUCCGAGGCCGUUUACCUGCUGGCGCCGAGUGCGGACGGGCACUGGCUGGCAGCCGUCAGCGGCGACUGGGCCAUCCACAUCUACAACCUCAAAUGCUUCCAGCAUCACUGCGUGGUGCCCGCCUACAGCUGCGCCGUAUCGGCCCUCGCCAUCCACCCCAGCACCAACAACCUCGUCAUCGCCUACUCGGACCAGCAGCUCUUUGAGUUCAGCAUCCCUGAGAAGCAGUACACGAGCUGGAGCCGCGCCGUGCAGAGCCGGGGGCUGCACCGCACCUGGCUGGAGCGUGACUCGCCCAUCACACACAUCACCUUCAACCCCAAGAACCCCGCUCACAUCCUGCUCCACGACACCUACCUGCUCUGCAUCCUCGACAAGUCCCUGCCCCUGCCCGACGACAGCACCCUCCUGAUGAACCAGAGCACCCUGAAACAGCUCCCAGAGACGGCCAGGAAGCGGCAGCUCCACGCCUUCAAGAUCUGCAAGAAGUUCCAGCCACUGCUCUUCAUGGAUCUGCUGGACGAGAACUGCCUGGUUGUGGUGGAACGACCCAUCAUGGACUUCAAAACACAGCUGCCUCUGGCUGUCCAACAGAAGAAAUUUGGCACCUGAGAGCAGAAGAAGCCACUCCAACUUCGGGAACUGUCUCUGUGCUGCCUUCCUGGGGCACUGUAAGAAUUUUCUUAAGGUGCUGUAGGAAUAAAACCUCACUGUUCUGUACA